UGAGAGCCUGGGCUGCAGAAGGAGCGGAGGGAACCAGGGUAGCCCGCGGGGAGAGCGAAUCGCCAGACGCUGCCUUGAUGGAGGGAACCAGGCAAGUGAGAUUUUCUCGCCCACCCAAGAUAAGCCAGUCUUCAAAGGUGUAUAAAUGUGCAGACCACCCCAGCUUCGUUCUUCAGAGCUUGAAUGAACAGAGACGUCGCGAUCUCUUCUGCGAUGUUGUCCUAGUUGUGGAUGACCAGAAAGUCCCUGCUCAUCGGAACGUCCUAGCUGUCUGCAGUGAGUAUUUCCACACCAUGUUCACUAUCGGCAUGCGAGAAGCUUACCAGAAAGAAGUUGAACUCUUUGGCGCGACUUGCAUUGGCCUCAAGGCGGUCAUGGACUUCCUGUACGGGUGUGAUCUGUUUCUCAACGGUGGAAAUAUCGAUUAUAUCUUGGAAACCGCCCACCUGCUGCAGAUCUGGAAGGUGGUGGAUUUCUGCUGCGAAUACUUGGAGAGCGAGGUCAACGAGGAGAAUUACCUGUACCUCCAGGAGCUCGCGUCGAUCUUCAGCCUCAAGCGCCUGGACUCCUACAUCGACUCGUUCAUCAUGAAGAACUUCGGCACCCUCUCUUUCACCCCGGACUUCUCGCAAAACAUUCCCAUCGAGAAGCUGUGCCAGUACCUUGGAAGUUGCGACGUUCAGCAGGAAUGCGAGCACGACUUGCUGCGAGCAGCUCUUCAGUGGCUGAUGCAGCAUCCCGAGCGGGAAACCGAGGCCUAUAGAGUCUUGGAAAACAUCCAUUUCCCUCUGAUCCCUAAGAGCGACCUUCUGCAUCGGGUCAAGCCGGCCCUCUGCUCCCUCCUUCCAAAAGAAACCAACUGCGAAGACUUCGUUGAAGAGGCGGUGAACUAUUACAACCAGGUCGCAGCUCAGCCCAUCCUUCAGAACAAGAGGACUGUUCUUCGGACCAAGGAGGAGAAGCUCCUCUUUGUUGGGGGGGAGGUGUCGGAGCAUUGCUUGGAACUGAGUGACGAUACCUGCUUCCUGGAUCCCAAAACGGGACAGUGGGUGAAGGAGACGCCGCUCCCAGCCAGACGGAGCCACCACUGCGUUGCCGUUCUUGGGGGGUUUAUCUUCCUCGCCGGAGGCAGCUUUUCACGGGACAACGGUGGGGAUGCUGCAUCUAAUCUACUCUAUAGGUAUGAUCCUCGGUGUAAACAGUGGAUAAAGCUUGCCUCUAUGAAGCAACAGAGAGUGGACUUUUAUCUUGCAGCCAUCAAAGAUAUGCUGGUGGCUGUGGGUGGAAGGAAUGAGAAUGGAGCCCUUUCAUCCGUUGAGACCUACAGCCCUGAGAAGGACACGUGGUCCUACGUAGCAGGCUUGCCAAGGUUUACGUACGGUCACGCAGGUGCCGUCCACGAUGGGCUCGUCUACAUUUCGGGAGGCCACGAUUAUCAGAUCGGUCCCUACCGCAAAAAUCUGCUGUGCUACGAUAAUCGGACAGAUACGUGGGAGGAGAAGAGGCCGAUGAUCACAGCUCGUGGCUGGCACAGCAUGUGCACUUUACAGGACGACAUUUAUUCUAUUGGUGGCAGCGAUGACUAUCUCGAAACCAUGACUCGCUUUGACAUUCUGGCGGUGGAGUCCUACAACCCCAAGUGCAAUCAGUGGACUAGAGUGGCCCCCUUGCUCCAAGCCAACAGCGAAUCUGGCGUGGCCGCGUGGGACGGCAAGAUCUACAUCCUUGGGGGCUACAGUUGGGAAAACACUGUCUUCUCCAGGGCUGUUCAGGUGUACGACAAAACGACAAAGCAGUGGCAGAAAGGGAGCGACCUCCCCAAAGCAAUAGCCGGGGUUUCCGCUUGCGUGUGCGCCUUGAAGCCCAGAUCGGAUGACAAAAAGAAAAAGUCCAAACCGCAGCGCCAUCAGGAUAGAGGGAGAUGAUGAACCUUGCACGGAUCUCACCCUGUCCUCUUCCUUUCCUGAUACGGAGAACUGUUUUUGGAAGCUUCGGCAAAGCUAUCAGAAAAAUUCCUUCUUCACUCGGGCUGGAGGAUUUCCUCUGUUGUAUAUCUUGGCUUCUCCGGAGUGGCGAGAAAACCGCAGCGGUAAACAUUCUCUUCGCUGGAGUAACCGCAGGGUUACGGGGCAGAGUCUGUUAGAAGAAAUCGCAGGGCGUCUGUCUCAUGGUGACAGGGGAGAGGAGCGUCGGGGAUCUUCAGAGAAUGCUUUUCUGGAGAGGUAGAACAGUGUAAAUAAAAGCCUGUCCUUCGAAACUCACUUGCCAUGUUAAGCAUCCUGUUUCUUGAAAAUGGACCAAAAUGGAGAGGCAGGAGUAGAUUGAGAAGCAGUAGUAUUCAACCGUCCCCUGUGCCUGAAUUGGAGAUUUCCAAAACUGUUCUGGAGUGCUCCAUUUGUAUAUUCUACGUUCAGCAGCAAAAACAGGUGCCUGAAACAUCAUUUUUACCCCACCGAUAAUGACACUCGUGCUUUGUUUUGGCCUGAAGGAUCCCCCUCUCGUGUCACACGAUCCUAGGCCUCUGAUUUUACAAGGAUGUCAGUGUCCAUAUUGGGACAUGGUUUCAAUUAUUAGGGGUAAGAUUCUCCCUCUAUUCCAGGCCGAGCACGUUUGUCACGAGUUUGGGGGAAGCCUUCAUGAAUAGAAGACACCGUUUUGCUAAUACCCAGCCUGGCAUUUUGGAGCUGUUUUCUUUGAGGGGUGAAGGUGCUGGACUAGGAGCAAGGAAACCGGAGUCUUAGCCUUGCCUUAGGCACAAAGCCAGUUGGGUGACUUUGGCCAGUCCCUCUCUCUUUCUCAGCCUUAGGGCCAACCACUUCUAAAAGUGUUGCCUAAAAAACUGCAGGGACUUAUCCACAUCAACACUAGGACAGUGUUUCU